UCUCCUCGUCACACGUCUCGACAAACGCCAAUUAAACAUCGGCCUCGUCCACGUGACAUUGCUGCGUCAACGUCUCAGAGUGUGCAGUUGCAUGAAAUUCUGUCAGCAUUCCGGCAUUGCGUGUGAGAGGUGUAGCUCAAACAUAAACAUUACAUGACUAAAAUAACCCGCCGUGGUGGCUUAGCGGCUAUGGCACGGCGCAGGUAAGCACCAGGACUGCGCAUGAAAUCCCGGCCUCGGCGGUCGCUUUCUGAUAGGGGAGAAAUGCGAACACGCUCGCGGGCCGUGCGUUGGGUGCAGAUUAAAGACCCCUUUAGGUGGUAAAAAUUUCCGGAGUCCCCACUACGGCGUGCCUCAUAACCGGUUACUGAUUUUUACAUGUAAAACCACAGUGUACAUAUAUGUUUAAGCAUGGCUGGAAUUUUGACCUGUGACGAUGCAUAAACAUAAACGUUGCGUUGCAAGCAUCGCACAUUGCAUCAGCUGAAAAUAAUUACAAUUCUACACACAGUAUCUAGUAUUAUAGAAUUUCAUUAUUAGCUGCACGUAAAUUCAAACAAGUGCGUUGCAUCUCCAUAAUAAUAAUGCUAUUUAGUGGGUAAUGACGCUCAUAGCGGAAUAUUACUAGCAGCAUCGGGUUUUACAAACACCAUAGAACGCUUUUCGCAAAUAACUGAAAUUUCAGCGGUGUAUAAGUACUCCUGUCUGCUGAUCGCAAGUCAAAUAGAAUUAUAGUCAGAGCCAUCAAUACCUCCAUACUGCUAAGGGAAGUCGGUAAGUUCUUGCCAGAUGAGCCACAGUCAUGGCAUCAGGUUAGAAGGCCUGAUUAAAGAGCUUCAGCUCUCACAAACCUUCCAGCGAAAACCUGUGCAAAGCUAAUGUAAGGUUUCUAUUCUAAGACUUUCCUAUCUUAGCAAUUUUUCAGCGGUCCGAGCAGCGUUACACCUUCAUUAUCCCAGGAACUGACUGGUUAUGAACUGUGAGUGAUAAACAAAAAAUGUAAUCGAGCAUAGGGAAAUCCUGAAUUACUCCGGCCAAUCAGAUCAGCCAAUCCCCUUGUCCGGUUUACCACCCGUACACUCCCUUCUGUCAUGAAACAUGAUGGAUUAUCGAUGAAUAUGUCAAGUUAAAUCAUUUUAUUCCAAAGCGCUGCACACUCCGUCGAGAAGAACGUGGAGGCUGAAGGACGAUGCUCCUUGUCUAUUUUAUAGCGAGCCCUCAUGAUUGUAUUGUAAUUAAAUUUUCACAUUUGUAAAGUCAAGCAUGUCGCUCUUUUUUUUAUUGCGAUAGCAAUUAUAUUGUCACGAGAGUGCGUCCAAUAGGGCAAAGCCGACGCUCACCACUGGGGUGAAGAAGACGACGAUUAUAAAGAUUGUCUUUCCGCCAUCUUGGCAGUGCGACAGCUUGCUGUAGAUAGUUUUUAAAUAUAUUUUCAUUUACGCCGUUUCCCGUGGCAUUUUGGUGAAGGUGCUAGGUACUACUCAAGACGGAACUCCACAGCAGACGUGUAAUGGCAAGUUCCAUCAUGUCAACAGGCGGGGACAUUACGUCAACCACAACACCGGCACCCCAACCGGUGAUCCUGAUCCAACCCCACGACACUGGCUCUUUUUGCGGCACCGCCCACGUCGACAUCGAUGACUGGCUUGGGAAUUAAUUACGACUGCGUCGCAACGAACACUCAGUGGGACCCGACAGUGGCAUUCGCCAAUGUCGGUUUCUACCUCAGUGGGACAGCGCGCGUCUGGUUUGACACUCACGAAACGGAGCUGACCAAAUGGGAUCUAUGUAAGCAGAAGCUUCGUGACCUAUAUGGCAAACCAAUUGGCCGCCAGUGCGCCGCUUCGAAAGAAUUCUCCUGUCACUCCCAAUCUCCCACGGAGUCGUACGUGUCGUACAUCCUUGACGCUAUCGCCCUUAGCCGCCGAGUUGAUGCCACCAGGACCGAGGCGGACAAAGUAAGUCACGUCCUGCAUGAAAGGCAUUGCUGAUUAUGCUUUCAACUUGCUAGUCUUUAAGGACUGCUCGACAUGACAUUUCAAGGAAAGCCGGCGUUCUCAAGCACUGAAGCGUCGCCGCAUCGCCCAACAAUCCAUGCGGCUUCAAAGGACAGCCGCUACAUCGUCCUGCGCGGACGUUCAGCCACCCAAUCAGCAACCGACCACCGAUAGCCUUGUCCGCAUCGUGUGUCGUGAAAUUGAGGCGGUGUCGCCACCUUCCUAUUUCGCACGCCCUUCCGACCGACAGUCCAAACCGUCGUGAGGGAAGAGCUGGCUAACGCAUGACUCCAGCCUGUUACCUCCCUUCCUCACCCCCGGGUCAGUUCUGUUCUUCCGCCUUACAGAAAUACAGCAACGUUGCACAGCUAUCGUGAUCCGGCCCAGUGGAGAACCCAGGACGAUAAGCCCACAUGUUUUCAUUGCCAUGGCGUUGGACAUAUUUCCUGUACACUGCCGGUAUCACCAACCUUCCUCCCCUCGCUCAUUGUUUUUUACAUUCGCCACGACGACAUUCGGCCCCUACAGUUUCCCGCUCGUAACAACUCGCUGCUCUGAGACGCUCCUGCACCAACCCGGAGCUCCAGCCGUUCACCUUGUCCGCCUUAUCAUCGUUUCCGGUCACCUCUGCCCUGCCGCUUUUCAUCGCCGCACCCCUCUGACCGCUCUUCCUAGCAAAACUGAGCAAUGCAGCUCCCGGAGGUGACGAUGCAUUGGACCCACGACCUGCAAAGCCUCUUUUAACCGUGCCCACGCACGAGAAUCAACUUUCCGUUGGAGUGGAUGACCUACCAAUUACUGCCCUUAUCGACACCGGUGCACAUAUUUGUAUCAUGAGCUCUGAUCUCCGUGAACGCUUACACAAUGUCCUAAAACCUCCAGAGUCCCGCGUUGUGCGUGUCACUGUCGGCAGAACUCCAGCCAUGCUUGGAAUGUGCACCACACGCGUGAGUGUCGCUGGCCACCACACUUCCGGGUUUCAUGUUCUUAGCCACUGCCCUCAUGGCGUAAUCCUUGGACUCGAUUUCUUGACUGACCACUUGGCUGUAAUUGACUGCUCAGCCGGUGUCGUUGAAUUUGACUUCCCCGCUUCACCAGACGUUCCUGACACGGUCCAGAGUCAGCUCUCUUGUGCCGAGUUUGUUCGUUUGCCGCCACAAGCUCUCACCUAUAUUGUCGUUGUACCCUGCCCCAGUGUACGGGAUGGUGACUACGUGGUUAUUCUGACUACCAGUGUCCUUUCGCCGCACAACAUUUCCUUUCCCCACACUGCUGUGACUGGUGCGGCCAACCAAACGUGGCUGCCCUUCUUGAACUUCACACUCAGUCCUCAAGUUCUUCCCCAAGGCAUAGUUUUGGUCACUCUCUUGCAAUCAGAUGAGUGCCAUAUUUCAUUGCUGUCACCUGAUUUUACGUCAGCAAUCUUGUCCACCGACGCGCACACUUCUCCAUCGGUAACGAGCGAUAUCACAAAUAUUAUUGUCCCGGACCUUCUGCCCUCUCAAGUACACGACCUCCGUCAUUUGCUCGUCACAUACUCCCACAUCUUCGACUUUGACGGCCGUCCCUUAGGUCAAACCUCUCUCGUCAAACAUCUCAUACAUACUGGCGAUGCGCCUCCAAUUCACCGGCGACCUUAUGUCGUGUCACCAUCCGAACACCAAGCUAUUCAACAAGAGGUUGACAAGAUGCUAUCAAAGGGCAUUACUCAGCCGCCCGCGAGUCCGUGGGCUUCCCCUGUUGUCUCACUUAAAAAGGACAACAGUUGGCGAUUCUGCGUUGAUUAUCAGCACCUCAAUAAGAUCACCAAGAAGCAUUCUAUAUGCCACUAAAGUACUUCUACCUCUAAAGAUGCUCACACUUCGUCCUACAUUCUUUACAAAGUUAUUCCUCAAAUUUUGAGAAUGACAGCCAACAAACACAUGGCAUGAAACAAAACUACGACAGCGCAUGCUUUUUAUGUUAAAUCUUCUCAGGCUGAAAUGUUAAAAGCUCGAAUCAACAACAGACGAGCGCCCCACGCAAAAGGCCGCGUUUCUACCAGAAAGCUCGCAUUCGUGCCACCGUUCGACACAAGGGUUUUCCGGUAAACAUUGCGGACACAUAAGCUGCAGUUGCCGGCAGGCGUAAGAAGCUGUCAGGAAUCUUUUAAUGCUACCGCGUAGCACUCUUAAAGGUGAAGCUUAAGCGUCCUCCAAAAAUUUUCAUAAAAAUAAUUUAACCACUGCCUUAAGGUCCAUGCACGGCUGAAACCCACACACGGCAUGGAAUGACUCAAAUCUAUGCAAAAGAAAAAUUGUUUAUAAUAUCUGUAUGUCGCUUAUACAUUUAGGAAACGCGAGUCAACAGUUGUUGACACCGACGAAAGGUCUUGGGCGCAUUAGUGUACCACGUGCUUUGUUUCGACUGCACUACCUUCAAAACCGGCCCACAUUUUGAUACAGCACUACGAUACAUCUAUGGGAUUGGUCCAUAUUUAAACAGCGAAGCUGUUUUAGCCGGUGGUUAGUCCGGGGAGUGUGCGCAGGAAAAUCUCACUGAGCGAUGACGUCACUCCGCGUCGCCUAGCAACGCCGAGCCUCGCAACAGCUGUGUAGGUGGAGCUAAGCCGUGACGUCAUCGCGCGCUGCACCGUCGCUUUGCCUAGAUUUGCCGACCCAUGAUGUCAUCACGAUGAGCUCCCGCACAGCCGUGUCGC